AAAAUCUUUAAAGAAUGAAUAACACUAGAGCACGUUUGAAUUCAUCGGUGUAAAUGAAUCUGCGAAUAUCUUUCCCACUGUUCUGCAUGACGUCACUGGCUGCAGCUUAUUUAUAAAAUUUCUCCACUCUUGUACUUUGAACUUACUACCUGUAAAUUCCGUAUAUCACGGAAGACUGAAGUCAUCAUCGCCGUUACUCGAAUACAAGGAUCUAAAACCAAAAACAAUGAGUCUACAGUGGACAUUAAUAGCUGGGUUUCUCUAUGCAGAGAUCUUUAUUGUUCUCCUACUAGUACUUCCAGUAGCUUCUCCAAAGAGAUGGCAAAAACUGUUCAGAUCGAGAUUUCUUCAAAGCUUAAGCAAUCAGGCAUCAAUUUAUUUCUUAGUACUACUUGCCGUUUUGAUUCUGUUUCUGUUGGAUGCUAUUAGAGAAAUGCGCAAAUAUUCUAACGUUGAAACUGGGGAACAUGCUCAUUUGGAUGCUGAGAUGCAAGGUAAUAUGAGAUUGUUCAGAGCCCAACGAAACUUUUACAUUUCUGGAUUUUCACUUUUCCUAUGCCUCGUUAUUCGUCGACUGGUAAUCUUGAUCUCAGCACAAGCUACUUUAUUGGCCCAAAGUGAGGCCGCAAUGCGUCAGGCUCAAUCCGCCACCACCACGGCAAGAACUCUUCUGUCUCAGAAAGGAGAGAGUGCACAAAAUGAUUCCAAUGAGGCACACGAUAAGGCUGUCUCCGAACUGAAGAAUCAAAUUAAAGAACUGGAAUCUAAAGUUAAUGAGUUGGAGAAUGAAUUGACAAAGGAAAAGAAGGACAAAGAAGCCAUUAAAUCACAAGCAGCAUCUCUGGCUAAAGAAUAUGACCGCUUGAGUGAAGAACACGUGAAACAGGGACACUCGAGUGGUGAUAAGAAAAGUGAUUAAAUCUUCGAAUUCUUCCAUUUUACUUAUUUUGAAUGAAGUUUCACCUAUGAUUCCUGUUGAGGUUUUCCAUCUUAUUGUGAGGUUUCACGUUGUAUAGAUUUAUUACAUAUGAGUUAACAUUAUUAUCACCUCAUAUUUAUACCUGCUACUAGGAUUUUAUAUACAGUAAAUGAUAUAUCAACUUAAUACACUUUUAUUCUUGGUUUACACUAUAACCUCCUCUUUGUAAUAUUCAUUAAUGCAGAAUCCGGUGUAUUUUACUGCUUAUAGAAGUAGAAUUGCACUAUCUGAUAAGAAAAUAAGAGGUACGAAACAUUUUCAAAUAUCAAUACUGUCUACUGGUUGACUUCUAUUUUUAAUGAAGGUGCCUUUUAAAUACGAGUGUUUUUUUCUGGGAUGCUCGGAUCGCAACAUUGCUCUUGUCAGUUAAAUUUAUAAGACAGAAAAUUCAAAAUAAUGAGAGGUAUUGUAUGUAUUCAUCUUCAUCUUGUUUACACAUUUCAUUUUUCUCACGUGUCAUUAAAAUAAUGAUUAUGUCAGAUUUUUGUAACCGUACUAUUAGCUCCAUAUGUUGUAAAGGUUGUAUAAAGAAGUGUCAGGAGUAUAUUGAAAGUGAAAAAUAAAUCAUCAAAUAAAUCUUC